AUGGAGAAGAUGCCGGCGAUGGGGAACCGACAUCGGAGAACGGCCGGAGGGUUGCGGUGCUCGCCCUUGGUGGUCUUCUUGUCCCUCUAUUCCCACGUCUUGGUUUUCUCCGGCGCCGUCUCUGCGCGUCUGGUCAUCUCUGGUGCGUAGCUGUCUUUGUUUCGAUAAUCUCUCUCCCGCAUCGUUAACCUUUUUUGUUCAUAAGGAGGCAGUAGGUGGGAUAAGACAGUCUGUAGACGAGAUCGGAGCUCUGAUGGCAACGUCUGUGCAUCAUCAUCCCGUUGAAUCCUUUGUAAUAUUCGGUGGUUACAUUGGUGUAGGGCUUCAAAACGAGGAAACUGUUUUUCCGAAACUUUAGUUCAGGCUCCAUUACUUGUCCGUGAUUCAGGUCAUUGUAUAGAGGAGAGUGAUGGUUGCCGCAAUUGUGCCGAAAAGUGGCAGUAGUGUCUUCAGACAGAAUUCGUGGGGCCAGAUGGUUUCCUGAUUAAAGCGAGCAAUACAAUAUCGCAAAUAAUAGGUCUAAAUAUCCAUAGACAAUGAGAGAACGAUACUUCUGGGUCAGUAUCUUAAUGGCGGCGGUGGUGAUUGUAAUGAGUAUGAAACCAGCGGAAAGAGCAGCGGUCGCUAUGGUUGUAAGCGGGUGAUCCUAAUCAGUUGACCUUCUGUUUUCAGGAUAGACUGGUCAAUUAUUACGAUGAUAGUGGUGGGAGAGAGAUGGGUGCAAAUGCGGUUGGCAUGGCAACAAUGUCGAUGGUGGCCUAAAGGGAAGAAUAGGUGAAGACACAAAGUGGCGAAGGCAAGCGGUUUAAAAUGAUGUCUGUCCAUUAUAUUUGGCACUGUAUCCAGUGAGGAUGAUAUUAUUUUUACACUGGAACUUACGUAAGUGAUGAUAGUAUUUUUAAUUAUCAUUUGGAGAUCGAAUUUUUGGAAAAAGGUGAUCUGAUUGUGGAUUGGAAUGUACAAUUUUUGAAGUUGAUUCCUCCAGAAAACAUGUAUAUAAUCUUAUUCUCUUCUAAUCUUGUUGAAUUGUGUGGUGUUUAUGGUGCCCAUGCUCUACAGUGACAAAUAGAACUGAAAACAAUUAGCUCAUAUGACCAUCUACCUCUGUUCUGUUCUAAAUUCCAAAUGCUAGAAGAAAAGGGUUGAGAAGCAUGCGCUAUCAAAUUAACCUUCCAGUACGAAAAAGCACACUAACAGGUUUACUACGGAUCAUAUAAAUGGUUGUAUGCGAAAUAGGAGCCUGUAUAAAUGGUGAAAGAAAUGAGUAUGAGUUUGGAUGACUUUCUGAUGGAGAAAAGUUACCUUUGCUUGAUGUUGGUUUGAUAAAUUGAUACAUUUUCUAUACAAAACAUCUAGGUUGACUCCUGGGCAUUUAAUUAUCACCAUCCAAUAAAUCAGUUGUAUGCGAAAUAUAUUAGAUCUCUGUUACAGAUUGAUUAGAAUCCCAGAGUUUAUAGAUUCUAUGUACACAUUUGAUCAGAACACACUUGGAUUUGAUUGACGAGAGGAGGCUCGACCUGAGAUUGUGUAUUAACUGUCAAUGAGCAGUGUGGAAGUGUAUAUGAUUUGGAAGAAAGUUAACUUUUUAUGAGGUUCUGCGGCUAGGUUUUGAAUGUGUCAUAGAUGAAAGCCGCAGGGAAGAAGAACAAUGUCACUGUGAUGUAUGUCUCAUCAGUUAUAAGAGGCUCACUCUCCAUGAAUAUAUCACUGUAUGGAUGAGUCCUUCUGCAGUUGCAUCAAGGAAUCAAAGAGCUUCAGUAUAAAAUAGAACGCAUGGCAUAAAGAUGUGGGAAAGUUUGACCUAUGUUUGCACCAAAUGCCAAAUGAGGAAAGGAGUUCUCAUUGCAUAUUCCUUAAUGAGAUGUUGUUACUUUAGUCACAGUUUUCCUGAAGCAGGUUACCAUAGUCAUGUCUUUUCAUUUCCCUUCUCAUUGUUAAAUCAUAUUUAUUCAGAAAAAAUAUUUUUAAACUUAAAUUCCUAUUUUCCUUUGGUUUAAUUUUUCGGAAAUAGGAAAGUGUCAUUGAUUCAUUAAGUAUUGAUGCAUGGAUGCAUACGUGUUUAUAAUGUGGCUGUCAAUAUUACUUAGUUUUCGUUUUUCAUUUCUUUAUGUUUAUCUUUUUUUUUACUUCAAAACAAUGAUUGCAGGUGUUGGAUUAAGUCGGAGCUCUCGUGAACCAAGAUACAUGAUAGAGUUCCAUUCAGCAGACUCACCUUUUCAUGCUGUAAGUAAAAUUCACUACUCUUUCAGUUUUUGACUCGCGUGAUCAAUUAAAAAUACUUUCUGCAUUUUUUUUCUUGUGUUGGGAUUCGUUAUGCUUUCGUUCAGUGCUACAUGCUUAUCAUGUUAACCUAUCUUUUUAUUUCACAGUAUAUUUAGCCAGUGAUCGUUUUUGUGAUCAAAAUCAUACGUGCUCUACCUUCUCUUAUUUCAGCAAUCUAUAACUUUAAUCAUGGACAAAUCAAAUUUAUAACCCUGGACAAAAAACCUGUCCCUGGCUCCAUGUGCCGUAGGAACUGGAAAGCUGGAACCAUUUCGGUCUGGUUUGCAAAAUUCAUUGACUAGGUUUUGGAGUCAACUUCUGAUAUGAUUCGACUAUCAGACCAACUUAGGUGAAAAGAUCUGAAAGACCCUUACUUUCCGGUUGCCACCCUGGAGAGGACGGUGGAUAUCCAGCCACCCUCAGCACUCUGUCUGUACUUAUCAUCUCUUUUUUGUUGGUUUCUUUGUCAUGGUUUCAGUUCCCAUCACUGUAGCCAUUUUCUUCAUUAAUCGGGAGAUUGUCAAAAGCCAAAAUUUUUGGUUCGUGUUAUAACCAAAUUCUCAAUCAGAAAAAACUCUGCAACUGCCAUUACCCUAGCGUUUCCAAAGCACAGUAAAGUUUCUUAGGCCUCUGAUUCUUUCCUUAAGGAAAUAGUUAGUUUUAUUUCCCAGUAUUAUUUGUUAGGUUAAUGCCCAACAAUAUCAGGUCUAUGGAGUCGUAUUAUUUGCUAGAUUUCUGCCAACCAAUUAGCAAAGAAUGUAAAUAAUGUAUCUCUUUGGUAUUUACACGGUUGGACUUCUUUUACUAGGUUGUACAAUUCUCAGUAGAGCUUUAGUGCAAAAGUUUUGUUUAUACUAAAUACCAAAGCUCCAGUUUUGUUGUUCCAGGGAGCCUUUUUUUUUUCUUGCUGCUUUGGCUUAUAAAAAUAUUGCCACCUGAACAAAACUCUAGUUCCUUCUGGCUUCUUCUUCACCAUCAUGACUAUCAACCAUGUUGCAAUACCAGUCUCUAGGCAGGUAUUAGAAAAUGAUCUCAUCUUUUCGUUUCUUCCCGAAAACGAAACUACUGGGCAUAUGAGUUUUCAGUGAUAAUGAUUCCUUGACCUACUAAUAGUAUGCAGAUAGUGGCCUGGAUAUAUUCAUCUUAGGUAUGCAUAAUUCUGCUGCGGUAAUUCUUUAAUAACGUAGAACUCGCUCUUGUAGUGUUUUACUUUUUUGUGUUUUCAAGUGUUUCCAAUAAAAGUGUUAGGUUUCACGAAUACUGUACUUUGUCGGAUCUAAUCUUUGAAGAUAUGUUAUGAUGAGCCAUGCCUUUGAGAUAAAACAACUGUCAUGGAUCUUUUCUACGUAUAUUAAACUCCUAAGAGGCUGAUAUUCAUCUUGUGUUAGUUUUCAAGUGUAGUUUAUAAAUGCAACGUGGCAAGGUGGUGGUAGGUUUGAAAUUUGAUCAAGAACAAGAAAUUGUAAGUGUUGUUAAUCGCUGAGAUGCUUAGAGUCGUAAUUAGGGACUUAAAUUAGACUUGUUUCUAGAAUAUGUGGAAACAUGGAAAGGUUCUUCUUGUAUCCUAGUACUGCCUACUUUCUCUGUCAGCUAUAAUUUGACAAUUGCAAAGAGAUCAUAACUAGGUUUACUGAUUGUUAUUGAGCUUUUAGAAGUAUAACUGGAUGGUGAAGAAGGCUAUGACGUAUGAAAUUUUGAUACCUUAGUGUCACACCAGAAAUCAUGAUGCUUUGAUUGGAUAAUCUUCCUCAGUGUCUGGUUUAUGGAUGAACCAAAAAAUUGCCAUCAUUCAAUUUUAUGCAUGCGAUUUGGUUGGAAAUAGAUUUUUUUUGGGAAGAAUACUCGAAUCUAGAUCAGUAAGUCUACCAAAAAAUUUGAAAUAGAGCUCAAUGUCUCUUUCUAUGGGUGACUGAAAUCAUCCAUCUAUAUCAGAGAAUCAUAAUCAGUGACGUUAAAUUAAGAAACAUAUUAGGUGCCUACCCUAAGACAUUUGAUAAAAAGUACACGAAAACCAUCUGUGCAUUUUUUGCAUGUUCCUCGGUCCUCACCCAUCAGUAUUGCUGCUUUAGUGGUUUAAUGCACAAUCUGCCACUAGUACAUGUAGAACAUUCACAUUCUGUACAAAAAAGAAAAUUCACAAUCUAUAUGUUUUCAAGUUUCGCGAGUCAUUUCUUGCAUUCUUUUCUCCAUCAGUUUUAUAUUGGUCCUGUUGUUACUUACGGGAGAUCUAGGUUUUAUGGCAAAUUAUGACAGUCGACAAUGGUGAUGCUUUAUUCACAGUGACACUGGGCUUUCUUACCUGGGUUUUUUUACCGUGGCCCUUUUUCUCGGCUAAAAUAUUUUUUUUAUGUUUCUAUAUAUUUAUGAAAUACUCAUUUUAUUUUUGUCAUGUUCGACUAAAAGUUAGCUUGUCUGAUCACUUAUUGCGUUGGAAUGUUUAUCAGGGGAGCGGGCAGGAGUCUAUUGUGAUGUCUAAGAAGGAUGGGCAGCAGUACCUAUGCUACUUGCCUCUGAUUGAGGAAAUCAAAAGUCCGGUUGUAGGAAGUGAUAAGAGAACCAAGUUGAAGAAGCCAGAUGAGUACAUGGAAGUUCUCAAAGACAGAUGUUUUUACAAAGUGAGGCAUUUUUUUUUUUACAAAUAUUUUCUUCCUUCCAUUUUUUUCAAUUCUAUAUUUUAUUAUGGUUCUGUCAUAUUUGCAGCACGAGGGAUGGUGGAUUUAUGAAUUCUGUCACGAGAAAUCGAUUAGACAAUUUCACACAAAUCAUGAUAAGGUAACUAGUGCUACCUAUUCUUUUAUCUGGCUACCGUUGACCGCUGUGGAUAUUAUUCUAGUUUAGGUUGAUGCUGUCAAAUACCAUGUACUCUUCAACGCAUUGGCAAUCAAUGUGCUGCUAUUCUAUCAGUUUUUGGUUAGAACUUGGUUAGUGGCAUUAGGUUUUUUUUUUUAAUGCUGAGGAUAUUUAUUGAUUAAAUCAUGGAAAAUUUCCUCUCCUGUUGUAAGGUUCAGGAAGAUUCUUGAAAAAUGAAGGGCACUUAUCCGACUGCUUAGACUCAGCCAUGAGAGUUCCUUUUUCUAGGAUCGUCCGAUGGCUCUCAAUGGCAUUAUUUGAUAUAUUUUCUCUAUUAUCCUCUGUUAAGCAAAGUAUUUCAUUUUGGAAAUAAUAGUAAUUUUUUUGUUGGUUAAAGAAAAUUGCGAUAGAAUGAAUUUAUAGACACUGUGCAGCUCUGGCAGGCCGAUUGGAGGGGAUAACCUUUUUUCCCUUUUUUUCUUUUCUUGUAUUGAUAUUAAAACUAUAUUUAAAUCAUUGGAUACCUAUGUUUUAUCCACAAUAUAUGUGUGCAUCUGAUGGAUAUAUACUCAUUAAAGUGACAUUGACAUUGACAUUGACAUUGACAUUGACAUUGCUGGAGUUAGACAAGAGAGAAAGGGACUACAGCUUAUAGGUUUUCAUUGCAGAUAAUCCAAGAGUUCAGUUUGGGGGUGUUUGAUCCGGAAGCCACAGAUGCUUUCAAUCAGAACUUCUCAGGCAUUAUUGCUUCGGUCAAAGACCCACGGUAUAAAGACGGAUCGCAGAGGUACAUCCGACCCCAUUUCUAUAUGGAUCACUUCUUCACAGAGCUGAUGGUUUCCUAGUGAUUUCUGCUCGCAGAUAUCAUGUUCAUCUGUUCAACAAUGGAACCAUCUGUGACCUCACCAACCAGCCCAGAGAAACAGAGGUAUGACAACAUCUUAGCUGCUCGUAUUAUUAUUAUUAUUAUUAGUAGUAGUAGUAUUAGUAUUUUUAUUAUUAUUCUUGUUGUUGUUAUUAUUAUUAUUAUUAUCAUUAUUAUUAUUAUUAUCAUUAUUAUCAUUAUUAUCAUUAUUAUUGCUUUUUUUUAGGUGAGAUUUGUUUGUGGGGAGCAUGGAGUUGUAGUAACCUCCAUCAAGGAAGUAGCUACUUGCAAGUAUGAAGUCACGGUUCAGUGCCCAUUAAUCUGCCGCCACCCGUGAGUUAUUAAUCCUCCAUAAUUCCCAAUUAUUGCAUUUUUUUUGCCUAAAAUGGGGAUUUUUCUUUUCCCUAUUACAGGAUGUUUCAUCUGGAGAGGCCAGCAUUACACGCCAUCCAUUGCAAUGAGAUCCCCCAAGACAAGAAGGAGGUGGAUGUGGAGAACUCUGACAUCAAACCGAUCACCAUAGUCACCGACUUCGAGGAUCAAGGGUACUUGACGUAA